AUCCUCCUCACAUCCAAAUCUUACUCACGCUGCAAUUUAAUCACUUAUUUCUUCGCGCAUUUGCUUCGAUCUCGCUGGAUUUCAAUCCAGUCUCGCUCUUGCUCGAUCUCGAUCUCGAUCUCGAUCUCGCUCUCGCUCGAUUCUCGAUGGAGCCAGCAAGUUCGACUUCACCGUGCAGAAUGACGGUGAUCAAGUCACGCUCAAGACCAAGAUUGUUACUGCCAAGAUCACUGGCACGCUCAUUGACGAAGACCCGCUCGCGAUCUACACCAUUGAUAAGGUUCUGCUUCCCAGGGAGCUUUUCAAGGCCCUGGCUCCGUCUCCUUCGCCCGCGCCCGCACCGGAGCCAGCCGCCGCGGACGCUCCUGCAUCCCCGAAGAAAGAGGGAAAGAAGAAGAAGCAGAAGGCAGCCGACGCGCCGGCAGAUGAGGAAUCAGCGCCUAUGGAUUCGCCCAGUGAUGCCGCCGAUGACAGCGCUGACGACGGUAACGGCACUGUUAGGUUUGACGGCGUCAGCUCAUCUGCUAGAUAUUCAGAAGCAUGUGAACUUAUUGGUGCAAGAUUGGAGGAUCCUGUAUUGACUGUGGUGCUUCAAGCAUGUCCUUAUCUUAAACGGUUGCUGUUGCUUGGAUGUGAGGGGGUUAGAUCAAUUUCAAUUGAGCUGCCAUAUUUAGAGGAGUGUAAGCUUGAUUUUUAUGGUCUGGGAAACUGUUCACUUUCUCUUAUCUCUCCGAAAAUUGAAUCCCUUGAGGUACAAGGCUGUAGUUGGAUCAGGGUCCCUUGAGGUGAAGCAUCUUUUUAUGAAGGUUGAAUUCACAGGGGACUUUGAGGCUCUGCAACCCUUUCCAGAGAUUGAUUUUGUCGAAUUUUUCAAUAGCCAUCCAAAGCUGAGGAAGUUUGAUAUCCAUGGAGCUAUGUUCGCAGCUCUGUGCCAGAGGAACAGUCUGAAACAUGUUGAUCCUGGAUUUGUCAUCCCAUGUUUGGAGGAGGCUGUAGUCACUGUAAGAUCACCACUAAAUGCUGAACAGAAAAUCAGUACUCUUGAAUCCUUGUUGAAGUAUGGGAAAAAUUUGAGGACCAUGGUUAUAAAGAUUCUUCAAAUGAAGAGCUGCCACACCAGUGCUGAUGAUUUUUUUUAUGAGAUUUGCCGCUUGAGAUACAUGAACCAUGAGAAGUGUAGAGUAUGGACUACUAUGUGUGCAACUGAUAAGAGUGUUCUGGGUCUUUCUUCCAAUGUCUUAUCCUCCUACUAUUAUUAUGGCUUGGUCCCACUACCAGGAUCAAACAAUGAAUCUUGGUGCCAAGGGCCAGAUGGAUUAGCUUCAAGAUCUGCUGAAUACUACAAGCAAGGUGCUCGAUUUGCCAAGUGGCGGACAGUUGUUAGCAUUCCAUGUGGUCCUUCUGCAUUAGCUGUUAAGGAAGCAGCAUGGGGACUUGCACGAUAUGCUGCUAUCUCUCAGGACAAUGACCUUAUUCCAAUUGUAGAGCCGAAAAUUCUUCUAGAUGGUGAUCACCCGAUUGAGAGGACAUUAUAUAUAAAUGUCAUUAGCAAUCUCUGCUAUAUCUAUAGGGCAGCAGGAAAAAAUCUCUGCUAUAUUCUAUACUACUUUGCAGGUAUGAUGAACAGUUUGUUAUUGCUGCAUUUGAUAAUGCUCCUACAGCUGAUUCAGAAAUGUAUAGUAAGUUGGACAAAUCUGUUCGUGAUGCCUGUGAAUCAAAGGCACUUAUGAAAAGUUAUGUUGCAACUGGCUCAGAUCCUGCAAAUCCUGAGAAAUUUUUGGCUUACAUGACUCCAACACCUGGACAG